UUAAUCAUACUUGUCUGUUCCAGCGUUUUCAUGACAUUGAUUUGGUAUCGACAGCAAACAUUGCAAGUUUGAUUGCUGAACUAGACGAAACACGUUAGGCUUGACAAAAUGUCGAAGGUGGAGGAAAAUGAAGAAACUCAGGUUACAGAAGAAAUAGAUAAUUUACAAAUGUCAAGAGGAGAAAAACCAGAACCAUGUGACUUCAAAUUCAACUUUACAAAAGCGAAAGAAAAGUUUGUCUUGGAUGAAGGAGGCAACAAAAUAAAGUUUGGUGAUAUCUACAAACACCAGAAAACGAUAGUUAUUUUCACAAGGCAUUUCCUGUGCUUUGUGUGCAAAGACUACAUUGAAGAUUUAGCCAAGGUUCCAUUAGAAUAUCUACAGGAAGCUGGUGUGAGAGUAGUUGUGAUUGGUCCUGCUCCUGACAAGUUUAUAAGUGCCUUCAAGAAAGAGACGGGGUUUAUGUAUACCAUGUACACAGAUCCAGACAGAGAACUUUAUAAAUUAUUGGGAAUGAAGAGCAACCCAGAAUAUGGAAAGAAUACUAAAAAUAAUAAACACCUCAAGCAUAACAUGAUAUCAGGAAUUCUAAGCAGUACAUGGAGGGCCAUGCAAAGCCAGGAAUAUCAGGGGGAUGUCCGACAACAAGGGGCAGAGUAUAUCCUAGGACCAGGAGAUGAAGUCCACUUUAUGCAUCUUUGUGAAUGUACCACAGAUCAAACUCCUAUAAAUGACCUGCUACACCUGGCCGGGGUCAAACAAGUUAGUUUUCCUAAGGACAGACGAGUCAUUGAUGUGUAACUUGUGCUGCAACAUGUGCCUAUGUGUUCAAUCAAUGUAAUAUUCAUUAGGGGUGUAACGAUAAGAUAAAGUGUGUGAUGGUAUAUAUCAUGAUACCUAUGUAUUGAAAUAUUUCACUUUUCGUAAUUUAUUAAGUUAUGUGUCUCUGUCCAUAAAUGAAAAAUUCUCUGUCAUAGUGUGAAAAGAUAAAAUGUGAAGAUUUUUUUGUUGUCUGUUCUCAAAUGCAGUAUGGAACAGUUAAUAAGUUCUGAACAGAUGAAAUCACUUUUAUUUAGUUACAGUACAUGAAAAAGAAAUAGCAUAAAUUGCUUUAAAUGAAAACAAAUUAUGGUACAUAGGUUUACAGUUUUGUCAAGGCAUAUAUAGUUUUUGUAUACAAAACAUUUUUGUAUUGCCUUUUUGAGUACAUUGUUACACCCCUAAUAUUUAUGUCCAGUUGUGUCAUAAUUUCAUUUGUUAAUCACUUGGACACUUUUUUUGUCACAUUUGUUAAAUUAAUGCAUUAUGACAUCAUCGGUUUUAUGCAAUCAAUGAGAUGCUCAAUUUUGUAUCAUUACAAAAGAAGGAUAUUUAGUUUAGAUGCUUAUAUAAUGAACUCUUUCACAUUUUUCUCUGUGAAUUUUUGUAAGGACUUCCAUCUGAAAGGCUGAAAACGGAUGAACAAUAUUGUGAUUUUGUAUUUAUACAUGUAUGUCAGGAUGUAUAUAUGUGUACAGUGUUUAUUUAUACCAUACUUAAUAUCAUGUCAGGGUGUAUGAAUUUAUGUUAUAUUUACAAUUUUAUCAGGAAUUGUUAACUUAAUUAAUACAUUUAUUUCUAUACCUUUGUUAAGUUUUGCUUUAUACAUGUACAUGAUUAAUAUACUGAGUUUAAUUUCUGUUGACAGUGAUUUGAAAUGUGAUGCCUAUAAUUAU